CCUUUUUCUCUCCUUAAAAUGUUGCAACUUUUUUUCUCACUGAAAACCUCAACAAUCACUUUCUCUGCAAAUUUGAAGAUAAUCAAAGUCUGUUUUUCUCUUUGCUCAACAAGUACAACAACAUUCAAUUAUUACCUAUGGCUAAAGCAACACUCAUUAUUUUCCUUCUAUUAUCCCACUCAGUGUGGACAUUGGUGUUAGCAAAUGAACAGAAAACUUGGUGUGUGGCUAAACCUUCAUCAGAUUCAAAAACAUUAGAAGAAAACAUAAAUUAUGCAUGUUCUCAAGUAGAUUGUAGAAUCUUGCAAAAGGGUUGCACUUGUUCUUCACCAGAUAAUCUCAUGAACCAUGCUUCUAUUGCCAUGAAUCUUUAUUAUCAAGCUAAAGGAAGAAACCAUUGGAAUUGCCACUUUGGUAAUUCCGCCUUAGUUGUCUUGACAGAUCCAAGUUAUGGCAGCUGUAUCUAUGAGUGAAGACAUGAUUAGGAUAAGCAGCUAAAUAAAGAGGCCAUUCUUUUGAUCUCUUUUGGGUGACCAAUUGUUAUUUAUUCAAAAUGUAGUCAUGUACAACAACCCCCCUUUAAUAUCAGUAAAAAAAAUCUUGUAUGCAUGCUUGAUUGAUAUCUUGCAAUUUAUAAAGGACUUUCUAACGUUGUUAGUUUAAUGGGGUUAAUUUUGCAAAUGA